AUGACAAUCAAGCCAGUCGUACGAAUUGUGGACGGGAAACUGGUGGUGAAGGAUCGGACCAUACUGACAAACGUGUCGGACAAUGUGAUAGCCACCUCUGGAGCCUCGGCCUGGCCGAUGGAGGGCGUGUUCAACCACGAUAACAACUACCAUGUGAUGUCUCUUGGGACGCUGCUCGAGGUUCGAUUCUUGGCUUGCUUCAGGUUCAAAUUGUGGUGGAUGGCACAACAAAUGGGGGACAAGGGCCGAGAUAUUCCCCUGGAAACUCAGCUCUUGUUGGUAGAAACAAAAGAUGGAUCAAAUUUAGAGUCAGUUGUUAAUGGAAAUGAGGAUAACAAUGUUGUUUACACCAUGUUUUUGCCUUUGGUUGAUGGACCAUUCAAAGCUUGUCUUCAGGGGAAUGUUCAUGAUGAGCUUGAAUUGUGUUUGGAGAGUGGGGAUAUCGGCACCGUUGGGUCGACAUUUGUUAAUUCUAGAAAUGAGGAAUUGAAUUGUAUUGCAAAAGUUCUCAAAUGA